AUCACGUUUGCAUUCAUUACCGGCGUGGCUAUUCACAGGCUUAAGGUUUUCGUUCAUUUUGCGUUUUGUGCUUUUCGACUAUGGCGGUAUCGUUGAUUAGAAUUGGACGUUUUAUUUUUUCUUCGGGAAACCAAAUUUCAAUUACGGCCCCGUCUGCUACGGCUUUAAACCUAUUUCAAAACCGAAAAUAUGGGGCGGAUAAACGAAUUCCUGUGGAAAAGCCUGUUGUGGAGCUUGAUGGUGACGAGAUGACAAGAGUGAUCUGGGAGAAAAUUAAAGAAAAGUUAAUUUUUCCUUAUUUGAAAUUAGAAUGCCUUUAUUUUGAUCUUGGUUUACCUUAUCGUGAUCAAACCAAUGAUCAAGUGACGUUUGAUGCUGCUUAUGCUAUCUUAAAGCAUAAUGUUGGAAUUAAAUGUGCCACAAUUACCCCAGAUGAAGCCAGAGUGGAAGAAUUUAAAUUAAAGAAGAUGUGGCCAAGUCCAAAUGGUUCCAUAAGAAACAUUCUUGGUGGCACUGUUUUUAGAGAACCAAUAAUUUGUAAAUCAAUACCUCGAUUAGUUCCUGGAUGGACAAAACCAAUUGUUAUAGGCAGACAUGCUCAUGGAGAUCAGUAUAAAGCAACUGAUACUGUUAUAACUAAACUAGGAAAAGUAGAAUUAAUUUUUACACCAAAUGAUGGUGGACCUAAAGAAUCAUUAGAAGUAUUUAACUUCACAAAGACAGGAGGAGUAUCAAUGGCAAUGUAUAACACAGAUGAGUCAAUUAAAGGAUUUGCUCUUAGUUGUUUUGAAUAUGCAUUAAUGAAGAAAUGGCCUCUCUACAUGAGUACCAAAAAUACAAUACUUAAGAGAUAUGAUGGGCGAUUUAAAGAUAUAUUCCAAGAUAUAUAUGAAAAGAGUUACAGGAAAAAAUAUGAAGAUGCGGGCAUUUGGUAUGAACAUAGGUUAAUUGAUGAUAUGGUUGCGCAAGCUUUGAAAUCAUCAGGAGGAUUUGUAUGGGCAUGUAAAAACUAUGAUGGUGAUGUUCAAUCUGAUGUUGUAGCUCAAGGUUAUGGUUCAUUAGGAUUAAUGACCAGUGUUUUAAUCUGUCCGGAUGGCAAAACAAUAGAAUCAGAAGCAGCUCAUGGUACAGUGACAAGGCACUUCAGAGAACAUCAAAAAGGUAAUCCAACAAGCACAAAUCCGAUUGCAAGUAUAUUUGCUUGGACAAGAGGUUUGGAGCAUAGGGCAAAAUUAGAUGGAAAUAAUGAUUUAAAGAAAUUUUGCACAAGUUUAGAAAAAGCAUGUGUUGAUACAGUUGAAUCAGGAAAAAUGACAAAAGAUUUAGCUGGAUGUAUUCAUGGAAUUAAAAACGUUAAAGAUGGUGAUUAUCUAUAUACUAUGGAUUUUCUAGAAGCUAUUGCUGAAAACUUGGAGAAGGAAAUGAAGAAAUAAUGAAAUUUUCUUUAGGAAAAUAAUUGCAGCUGAACUAAAAAAAAA